AUGACGAAUCCUUCAGCUCCUCCUCCUCCUCCUCCUCCUCUUCCUCUGUACCGUUGGCCAUCGUUUUCAUCGCUUCCAGAUGAAAUCGUCGUGAAUUGCUUAGCCCGAAUCUCGAAAUCCCACUACCGUUCCCUGAGCUCAGUCUCAAAGGGCUUCCAUUCUCUCCUCUCUUCUCCGGAGAUCUACUCGGCUCGAUCCCAAAUCGGAGCCACCGAGCCUCGCCUCUAUGUGUGUCUACGGUUCCCCACGGCCCCUCAUCGUCGCUAUUUCACUCUCACGGUGAAAACAGAUCAAACCCUGAUCAGCAGCAACGGCGGUGAGAAUGAGAUCAAGAGUGAGUUAAGUUUCGUACGGGUAAAACACUGUUCCUCUGCUCGGCUAAACGCAACCACCGUAGCCGUGGGCUCCGAAAUCUACCAGAUGGGCGGAAGCAGCGAGGGCAAGCGAUCCAGAGCCGUUCGUGUGCUGGAUUGUCGGAGCAACACGCUGCGUCGUGCUCCGGGGAUGAAGGUGGCGAGGAAACGGGCAAGGUCUCGUUUUUUAGACGGGAAGAUAUACGUGUUUGGAGGAUGCAAGAAGAGAGAGGAAUCCAUGAAUUGGGUAGAGGUUUUCGACAUAAAGACGCAGACUUGGAAGGGCCCAUUGCCUAAGCCACCUCUCAGCGGUGAUGGGAAACACAAAGUCGUAGUCUUGGGGGCAAGGAUAUACGUCAUCACCGAGCAUGACAAGUACGCAUAUGAUCCGGAAGGAGAAAGAUGGGUACUACCAGAGAAGGGGUUAGUGGAUUUAGAGCUCAUAGUAACACAAAGGGCAGGUUGGUGCGUUGUAGGCAAUGUAGUGUAUCAUGAGUAUUUGGAGAAGCUCAGGUGGUAUGACGUAAGUUGUGGGAGUUGGGUAGAGGUUGAGGGUUUGAGCGAUCUGUAUGAGAAGCGUGCUUAUGAUUACGGUAUGAUUCAGUUAGUUAGCUAUGGUCGGAAGCUGGUGAUGAUAUGGCGCGAGUGGACUGAUCAUGUAUUCAAGGGGAUGCAUGGGCGUGAGAUCCGUAGUGGCCUCCUGGACAUUAGAAUUUGGGUUGCGGUGAUUAGGUUGAAGAAGCGUCCAACUCAGAUUUGGGGGGAGGUUGAGAGAUACAAUGUUGUUGCCCGUAGCUCAUUCAAGAGUUCAUAUAAGUUCUUGACCUGUCUAUCGGUUUCCCUCUGA